AAGGAGUUUACAUUUGCGUAGGGAUAUAGCAACGUAGCAAUAUUCUUCAUCAUAUUCUCACCUUUCCUGUUCGUGGUUGAUGAAAUAUUCAGCCACAGUGGGGACUAGAGAAGCGAUACCGAUUUUUUAGGACGGACUUUUACGGACACAGUACAUCUGUACUGUUCGACUUGGCAAGUCUACAUAAACCUGCAACUUCUUAACCAUGGCAUCCAAUACUAAUGGUGAUGGCGCAACAUCCAGCAAGGUGGACCUUCAGGCAUUUGAGCCUGAGUUCCCAACCUAUGACAAUGCUUUCCCUAAGUUGCCACCCAAUGAUGCUCGUUCUGAACAACCGAUUGCACCAUCUAUUGCUCCUGGGGGAGCAUGGCAGCCAAAAUUCUUGACACGUCAGUCUAAAUGUACCCAGGUUUUCACUGUUCCAUUGGAAGAGCGCAAGUUCAAAGAAAUGAAUGAACGUCAAUUCGGAGAAGAAAGUGAACAAAUGAAGAUAUGCAAGGAAAUAAUGCAAAAGACUGGGGUUUCAAUCGAAUUAAGUUUGGCUAGAGAUCAAAGCAUGACAGUUGUGAUUAACGGACGUCAGGAUGCUGUAAUGAAGGCUCGGCGUGAAGUUGUCAAUAGACUUCAAACUCAGGCCAGCACGGUGCUUAACAUCCCUCGGGAAUAUCACCGCUUCAUUCUUGGCAAGAGUGGCAAGAAGCUGCAGGAAAUCGAGCUGGCUACUGCGACAAAGAUCUUUCUCCCUCGUGCUGAUGACAAGUCUAACCCUAAUGAGAUAAAAAUCGUUGGUUCGAAGGAGGGGAUCGAUAAGGCAAGACAUGAAAUUGAGGCAAUCCAUGAGGAACAGGCCAAACUAGCGUUUGAAAGGCUUCCUAUUCCCAAAGUGUACCACCCAUUUGUGUGUGGCCCAAACAAGGAAAAUGUGAACAGACUGAUGGAAGAAACUGGGGCCAAGAUCAGUGUGUCCCCGCACAAGGAUGAGAUUGUAGUAUCUGGAGAGAAAGAUGGUGUUCUCAAAUGUAAACAAAAUAUGAUGGCAAUCUAUGAAGAAAAGAAAAGAAAAUGCCAGACAGUCUCAGUGGAGGUAAAAAAGUCACAACACAAGUAUGUGGUAGGUCCUCGCCAUGCCCACAUUCAAGAAAUACUGGCCACCACUGGAGUCUCUGUGGAAGUACCAGAUUUAAACUCACCUUCUGAAACCAUCACGCUCAGAGGUGAACAGGAGAAACUGGGUCAGGCUCUGACAGAGGUUUAUAGCAAGGCCAACAGUGUAGUGUUCUCUGAUGUGGUUGCUCCAGCUUGGCUACACAGGUUCAUCAUUGGAAGGAAAGGAAGCAAUAUUAAAGAGAUCACAGAAAACUUUCCAAGUGUUCAUAUUGAAUUUACUGAAGGCCAAGAUAAGAUCACUAUCGAAGGACCACCAGAUGAGGUCACUAAAGUUGUUGAGAAACUAAAUGCCUUUGUGAAAGAUUUGGUCAAACGCAUGGAUUUUGCUGAAAUUCAAGUAGAUCAGAAAUUCCACAAACAUAUUAUAGGGAAAAGUGGUGCAAACAUUAGUAAAAUUAAACAAGAAACUGGUGUCUCUAUUAGAAUCCCAUCUGAUGGUGACAAUAGUAACAUUAUUAGGAUAGAGGGAGAUCCACAAGGUGUGAAGAUAGCUAAAGAACAAUUGUUAGAAAUGGCUAAUAGGAUGGAAAAUGAAAAAACUAGAGAUAUCAUCAUCGAGCAUAGAUUUCAUCGCCAGAUCAUUGGAGCAAAAGGGGAGAGCAUUAGGGAAAUUAGGGACAAGUUUAACCAGGUUCAGAUCACAUUCCCUGACCAGGGCAAGAAAAGUGAUGUAGUCACAUUACGUGGACCAAAAAAUGAUGUGGACAAAGCUUUUAAACAUUUGCAGACAUUGGUUAAGGAUUUGGUUGAAAACAAUUAUCAAGCUCAGGUGCACAUUUUUAAAGAUUUCCAUAAGAAUAUCAUUGGCAAAGGUGGAAAUACAAUCAAGAAGAUCCGGGAAGAAACAGAUACAAAAAUUGACCUUCCUAGUGAAAUAAGUGAAAGUGAUGUUAUAACCAUCACAGGAAAGAAAGCCAAUGUAGAGAAGGCACAGGCCAAGAUAGAGGCAAUCCAGAAAGAAAUGGGCAAUAUUAAAGAAAUCAUAAUAGACAUCCCGAACAAGCUGCACAAUUCUCUGAUUGGCACUAAAGGAAGAUUUAUUCGUUCCAUAAUGGAAGAUUGUGGCGGUGUCAUGAUUCGCUUCCCACAGGAGGGAACUAAGAGUGACAAGGUGGUCAUCCGAGGUCCAAGUGCCGAUGUGGAGAAUGCCAAACAGCAAUUAUUAGAGUUGGCCAAUGAAAGAAAAGAUUCCAGCUAUACAGUUGAAGUGAAAGCUAAACCACAGUACCACAAAUUUUUGAUUGGCAGAGGUGGUGCCACAAUUAGAAAAGUGAGAGAAAACACUGGCGUACGUAUUAUAUUUCCUGGACAAAAUGACCCAGACCAAGAAACAAUUUCUAUAAUUGGCAAAGAAGAAAAUGUCCAGAAAGCUAAAGAAGAGUUGGAGAAAUUAAUCAAGAGUCUUGACAACAUUGUGGAGGGUGAGGUUCAUGUCGACCCCAAACAUCACCGCAAUUUCGUUGCACGCCGCGGCGAAGUCUUAAGACAAAUAGCUGAAGAUUAUGGUGGUGUGAUUGUAAGUUUCCCUCGUAGUGGAGUUAACAGUGAUAGAGUUGUGAUCAAGGGAGCUAAAGAAUGUGUGGAGGCAGCCAAAAAGAAAAUUCUGGAAAUUGUGGAGGACCUGGAGUCUCAAGUAACAGUGGAGUGUGUGAUAGCUCAAGCAGAUCAUAGAACUGUCAUGGGCAGUGGUGGAGCCAAUGUCCGAGAGAUUACCAGACAGUAUGAUGUGGGCAUCAAGUUCCCGGAUAAGCCAGCUCUACCCAAUGGAAAUUCACCAGAUGAGCCACUGGUCAAUGGAGAGGCUGAAGAAAAUACCAAUGGUCCUCGUAAGAGUGAUAUCAUUAUCAUCACUGGCAAACCAGACAAUUGUCAGAGUGCUAAGCAGGCUUUGUUGGACCUGGUACCAGUUAUAGAGGAGGUCAAUGUCCCCUAUGAGCUCCAUAAGUUCAUCAUUGGUCAGCGAGGCAGGGAUGUCAGGAAGUUGAUGCAGGACUUUGAUGUCAACAUUUCUAUACCUGCAGCCGAGGAGCACAGUGAUGUGGUCAAGGUGCGAGGCCCACCAGUUAAUGUGUCCAAGGCUAGGGCUGCCAUUUUGGAAAGAGUCAAUCAGUUGGAGCAGGAGCGCGAAGACAGGGAGUUGAAGAGUUUUAAAUUAACUGUUGAGGUGGAUGAAAAAUACCAUCCCAAGAUUAUUGGACGCAAAGGAAAUAUUAUUUCCGUCAUUCGAAAGAACCAUGAUGUGAAUAUUCAAUUUCCAGAGAAAGGAAGUGAGAACCCGAGUCUGAUCACCAUCACAGGUUACCAGCAAAAUGCUGAGGCAGCUAGAGAGGAGAUUCUGAAAAUUGUGAAAGAUUAUGAGGACAUGUAUGUGGAAGAGGUGCCUAUUGAUGCCCGUGUUCAUCCUCGUAUCAUUGGAACUCGUGGAAGAGGAAUCAAUAAACUGAUGGAAGAUUUUGAAGUGGAGAUACGCUUUCCUCGACCCAAUGAUGCAGACCCAAACCUUGUGACCAUCACAGGAGCAGAAGAUAAUGUCUUGGACUGUAAAGAUUACUUGUUGAACAUGGAGGAAGAAUAUUUGCAAGACUACGUUGACAAGCAGAGAGCCCCGAGUAAAAGUGCUUCAGAACCUGCUCCUCCAAGGGAACCAACUCUUGGGUUUGUUGUGAAGGAUGCUCCUUGGGACCGGGCCCCGGACACAGCCAGCCAAGAGGAGUUCCCAAGUUUUGGUGCUGUUGUGGCCCCCAGAGGCAAAUCCUGGGGUCCCAUGAAAAAGUAAUUCCACCCCAAAGGUUGUCACCAUGACUUUGAGAAUGCAAAUAUUGAAAUCUUUGCCUUUAUUUUUUGUGUUUAGCUCUCCAUCUUUCCCCCCCUUCUCAUUUUACCCCGACCAACCAAUUAAUUUCAUUUGUGUUUAGUUUUUCUUGAAUGUGAAGUCCUUGGUCACAGUGAUUGAUAAGACUUAGGUACUAAGCCAUCUGUCAUAUUGUUUUCUUUGUGACUUGUGGAGUUCCAUUAAAAAUUGUUAUUGUUUCAAAUUUAACACACAAUUACAGGGAAAUAAUUCACAAUUUGUAAUCAGUUUAUGUACAAGUUAUGUUUCUUUGAUGGUGUCAUGGGCAUGUUAAACUAGUUGAUGUUUGAUAGAGCGCGGUCGUUACGAAAGAGUGUUUCUUUUAAAGAUUCAAACACUCUGGUACGUGUCUCACUGUAGAUUGAUUCUUUGUUUGAUCUUUGAAGGAUGCAAUUGGUGCGUUUCAGUUUGGAGAGUUUGUCGUUUUUUUUUUUUUUAUUGCAAUUUUAUUUCAGUUUCCUUAUACGAGAUUUGUAGAAAUUUUCUUUUUUGCUAGUUCAGUGAUGACUUAAUAAGUUCACACGUCUGCAGGGCUGAUUUGGCAGCUAGUUGGCUGUCCACGUCCAAUGAAAACCCUUUUGUUCAGAAGUUAGUUGUAUAGACACCUCCAAGAAGCCAUUCCAUGAUUGUUUUAAUGUUGGCUUAGUUUGGGGAAAAAAUGCUUGAAAGAAUUUUAUGCCUUGCAAUUUUUUUUUAAAGUAUAAAAUAAGAGUUAAAACCGUUAUACAUGUGCAUGUAGAAUUGUUAACUCUUUUGAGUUGUAUUGUCCCACAUAAGAGUUUGAGGUAAGGCCAAUCAUUGCAUGUGUGUGUGUGUGUAGUCAACUAGCUAAAAUCGUUUUCUUCCUCAUUUAGAUAAUUGAUUGAAGAUAAACCAAAGCUGUUUACACCUUUUUAGCAAAGUUAUUUUUAGAACCUUUGGUGUAUUUACAAGUGAGCAGUGUUUCAAGGUGAUUGUCAUUCUUGUUACAAGGCCUCUGCAUUCUAAUAAUUUGUCCAAAGAUAUCAUUUUGGCCAGUUUAAAAACAGAUUAUUCUAUGGCUGUACAGGAAAAGUGAAAGUAAUGGUCAGUUGAAGCGAGAAUCAGUUCUAAGCAUCCAGUGUCUCUGUAGUGGAAGAGUUUGUUGUUUUUUUUUUCAAAUAGUUUACAAAGAAUUGUAUUCUUAGUGUAGUCAAUGGUAAGUCAGAGACUACAGUGCGAGACACUGGGAGCUGUCUUUGUGCAGUUCAAAUAUACUGACUUGUCCAAAGCAUUUUUUAAAAACUGCAAUUGAAUGUUUUCAAUUGCCCUUUUUUUUUUUUUUUGUUGUUUAGAAAAUAUGCAAUGUAUCUCCACCACACCCAUUACCUGUUGAAGUUAUUUAUAUGUUCACCAUCAUCAAGACUUAUCCAACUUAUUUUUUUUUUUUUUUUUUUUUUUUUCACAUUUAGUUUUUAUGAUGACCUGAUGUUUUGGUUUAAUAUAGGCUCAACAUUUUCUGUGCAAACUUCUAAUUGACAUUGAUAAUAUCUCCCCACCCCUUUAUUUUAGGCUUGUUUUUUUUUUUCUAUUAAUCUAUGUUGAUCUGGUACUGAAUGCAAGACUUGUGGCUAUCCAUUUAGCUUUUAUUAAACCUGAUGUAUGGUUAGCCAUGUAUAGUAAACCUGAUUUGUGGCUUAUCGUGUAGUCUACACAAGCCAUAUUGACUACUAAAGAAUUGAAAGGUGGUCGACUACAUGUAGCAUUAUGCAGAAGUUUCCUUAUAAUGAGAUGACUACCAUAUGAUAUGGUUCAUUACGAUACUAGCUUCCAGUACUUUGUUUUUGAUACAGUCUCUCUCUCUCUCUUUUGCAUGUACAGUGAUCACGCUAAUUAUAUUCACAUAAACUUUGAUUAAUUCUCCGAGUCUCAAACCAAUGCAUUUAUUCCAUGUCACGAGUUCCAAUGUUUUGUGAGGGAGAGGGUGCAGGGGGUAUGAAACUCAAUGAACACCAUUUGAUAUACUUACUGGUGUGUUCGGUCCCUGGGACUGACACCUACACACAAUACUUUUUUUUUUUUCACCCUGUUAUCUGGUCAUCAAUAAAUAAACUGUUUGUACAUGUGCUGUGAUCUAGAAUGUUCUAACCACCAUCAUUGUUUCAAAUGUGUCUGUCACUUAUCUAUAUAUAUAAUUAUUUUUUCUUCAAGUCUUUCUUGUGUUUUCAUGUCAUGUCUUGGGUGUUGGGUUUAUCUCAAGGAAAUGUCUGGGUUUAAGUCUCAACUUUUUUUUUUUUUUUAAAUUGUAUGUGAUAGACAUGUCUUGUUUUAAAACCCAAUUGGAUCAGGCCUACCUUGUAGGCUAAAAUAUCUUGUUAUAGAUAUUAAUUACAUGAAUGAUUUUUUUUUUAUGCGAAUAAGUGUAAGCAUACAAGUAUAGAACAUAAAAAUAUUUCUGGUCCAAAAUGUUCUGUUCCACUAUUGUACAUAAGUGACAUCCUUGUUUGUCUAGUGCUCGUUUUGCACUGCUUUAGGUGAUUACCCCCCUUCCCCCUUGUGCCUGGCCAUGUCCAGGUGUUAUCUCCCUUGUUGUUGAGGGGAUGUAAUGUUCUUUUAAACUAUAAAGAAUGAAUAUAAAAAUAUUAUAUUUUAUUGCUGGUGUUGCAUACAUUGGCUCAAAGAAAAUAAAUGUCAUUUUAAAAUGUAUAUAAA